AUGUCUGUCGUCAACUGGAAAACCUCGCCCUUCGAGGUCUACAUCGGACGGCACGUUCCCGACGGCCCCUCCAAUGUAGCUCCCGAAGCCUGUAUCUACGGCAACCCCUUCGUGCUGAACGACGUCGACGACCCUGUCGAGCGCGCCCAAGUCAUCGGCGCGUACGAGAAGUGGCUUCUAUCACCCGAGCAGCGCGGGCUGGUGGAGCGCGCCAAGAGAGAACUACCGGGGAAGGUACUGGGGUGUUGGUGUAAGCCCAAGAAUUGCCAUGGCGAUGUGUUGUUGAGGGUGGCGAUGGAGAGCGACGAGACGACGGAGAAGAAGAGGGUGGAGAUGGGCGUGGUGUAG